AUGGCGCUGAUAGAGAUGCAAACCGACAUGAACUCUUUCCUCUGGACGGUGGAGCGCCCAGCUCCCUAUCCCCCCUCCUAUCUCUUUGGGACCAUCCAUGUGCCCUAUACCCGUGUGUGGGACUUCAUCCCAGAUGUCUCCAAACGGGCCUUUCAGACCAGCGCCAACGUGUUCUUCGAGCUGGACCUGACUGACCCCCUGACCAUCUCCAAGUUGACCAACUGCCAGCUGCUGCCCCACGGGGAAAACCUGCAGUCCCUGCUGCCCCGUGACCUGUACCGCCGCCUCAAACGCCACCUGGACUAUGUCAAGCACAUGAUGCCCUACUGGAUAACGGCAGACCAGCGGGGCCGGGGGCUGUACGCUGACUACCUCUUCAAUGCCAUUGCAGGGAACUGGGAGAGGAAGAGGCCUGUGUGGGUGAUGCUGAUGGUUAACUCUCUGACAGAGUCGGACGUGAGGUCGCGGGGGACUCCCGUACUGGACCUGUUCCUGGCCCAGGAGGCCGACCGCAUGGGGAAGAGGACGGGAGCGGUGGAGCGGGUGGAGGAACAGUGUCACCCCCUCAACGGACUUAACUUCUCCCAGGUGCUGUUUGCUCUGAACCAGACCCUGCUGCAGCAUGAGAGUGUGAGAGCAGGCAGUCUGCAGGGCUCCUUCACCACAGAGGACCUCAUCACACACUAUAACUGUGGAGACCUCAGCUCCAUCAUCUUCAACCAUGACACUUCACAGCUCCCUCACUUCAUCAACAGUUCCCUACCAGCCCAUGAGAGGACCACGGCGCUGCAGAUUGACAGCUACUUCCGUCAGGAGCUCAUCUACAAACGCAACGAGCGAAUGGCACGCCGCAUCUCCGCACUCAUCCAGCGAAACCCCUCCCAGACCUUCUUCUUUGCUUUUGGUGCAGGUCACUUCCUGGGGAACCACAGUGUGUUGGACAUCCUGAGACAAGAGGGCUAUGAGGUGGUGCACACACCAUCACACUACCAGGAACCAAUCCCAGAUGUUCUGUUCCACAGAGAACCAACAGAGAACCCCAGCGAUGGGGGCUCCGAUGCGGGUACAACCUCUCCCUAUGACUGGGUGACCAGCCCCUCAGACCUGGAUGGUAGCCUGGAUGGUUUGGAGGAGCUGGAGGAUGAGGAGCUACCCCACAUGCUGCUGCCAGAUAGCCUGAGCCAGCUAGAGGAGUUUGGGAGACAUAAGCGCCCCCGGAAGGCCCACCGCAGCCAUGGCCGCCCACGCCUCUUCAGUGACCUGUGGGUUCGCAUCGGUGACGGCACCACAACUCCUCAGCCUAAUGUGAGGAUAACCAAUGGCUAUGUGACGGUGGAGCCUCUCCUCACCCACCAGGAGCAGAGGAGGAGGACAGGCCUCUACCCUCCAGUGGAACCCCCCAGCCAGGCCUCACCCUCAGCGCUGCCCACCCCCAGCUCAGCCCAGUACACCAUCGGCACCACCCACGCCCUCACCUGCCUACUAACGUUACUCACCUCGCACCUGCUGUUCACCUCCUGA